AUGGAUUAUCAAACUUCUCCAGACUAUGAUAAGGAUUAUGGGAUGUCUCAGUCUUGCGAAAAAAUGCAUGUGAAGCAAAUCUCAGACAGUCUCCUGUCUCCCCUCUACUCACUGGUGUUCGUCUUUGGUUUCCUGGGCAACCUGCUGGUCGUCCUCACCCUGAUUAAAUGCAAGAAGCUGAAGAGCAUGAGUAACAUUUACCUGCUCAACCUGGCCAUCUCCGACCUGCUCUCCCUCCUCACCCUUCCCUUCUGGGCGCUCUAUGCAGCAAACAAGUGGACCUUAGGAGAUGCUAUGUGUAAACUCGUCACGGGGAUGUAUUACAUUGGCUAUUUUGGGGGUGUCUUCUUCAUCAUCCUCCUAACUAUCAACAGGUACCAGGCCAUCGUCCAUGCGGUGUUUGCUUCAAAGACCAGGUCGGUCACCUUCAGGGUGGUGACGAGUAUGGUCACCUGGGUGCUGUCGGUACUGGCUUCACUCCUGGAAAUCAUCUUUACCAAAUCCCAAAACGAGGGGUUCUAUUACUUCUGCAGCCCUUACUUCCCAACCACUUCAUUACAUUUCUGGAAGAGUUUCCAGGUACGAAAGAUGUUUAUCUUGGGCCUGGUGCUGCCACUACUGGUGAUGACCAUCUGCUACUCAGGAAUCCUCAAAACCCUGUGUCAGAGCCAGAAUGAGAAGAAGAGGCACAAGGCCGUGAGGCUCAUAUUUGCCAUCAAUAUCAUGUACUUCGUUUUCUGGGGCCCCUACAACAUCGUCCUGCUUCUGAGUGCCUACCAGGAAUUCUUUGGUCUGAAUAACUGCCAGAGCUCCAAUCAGCUGGAUCAGGCCAUGCAGGUGACAGAGAUCCUGGGGAUGACACAUUGCUGCAUCAACCCCAUCAUCUACGCCUUCAUGGAAGAGAAGUUCAGAAGCUACCUUUCAGGGCUCUUCCAGAAACACAUUGCCAAACGCUUCUGUCAACAUUAUUCUACCUUCCAUCGAAAGGCCUCAGAGAGAGGAAGCUCAGUUUUUACCUGGGCCACAGGGGACCAGGAUCUCUCUGUGGGCUUGUGA